CAACGCACUGAAGAGAAAGAGAGUAAAACAAAGGAAAUUUUAGUUCGGAAGAAGGUUUAAAGGAAAAGUACGUGUUGCAAUACGUAUAUAUCAGAAAUGCAAGCGAGUCCGAUGUUGUCCCUCAAGUCUCCGAGUUAUAAUUCCAACACCAAUCUCACUGAAAUUGCUGCUAGAGUUGUCAAAGAAUUCAACGCUGAAGAUGAAACAGAUUCCGACUUUUUCUUCAAUCAUGAGACAUUCAGCUGUGCAGUACAGAAUUUGAAUGAGAAAGCUGAAGUACUGGAAAAAGAAGAGAACGGUGAUGAUGAUUUUGAGUUUGCUUUUGUUAAUACAGAAUCUGAACUUUCACCUAUUUCUGCUGAUGAAAUCUUCUGCAACGGUCAGAUCCGUCCAAUUUUUAACACAGAUUUAUUCUCACACGAUGUUCCAUUCAAAAAUGAAAAGGUUUCGGCUCCGACGGCGUCAAUUCGACUUCCGUUAAGGAAGCUUUUCAUUGCGGAGCGUGAAACUACGCCGUCGGAAGCCGACAACUUAGAAAGCAUUCCUCCGGGAACUUACUGCGUGUGGAGGCCGAGAGCGGCGGAAGAUUCUCCAACUGGACAGUGUAAGAAGAGCAACUCCACCGGCUCCUCCUCUAAGCGGUGGAAGUUACGGGACUUCCUUCACCGGAGUAACAGCGACGGUAAAGAUACUUUCGUGUUUUUGACGACUCCGUUUAAUAAGAAGAGAGAAGAGAAAGCAGAGAAUACGACGGCUGACUCUGCUAAAACCGCAGGAAAAGUUGCCGGAGUUCCCGUCGGUGAAGGUUUUCCGGCGGUGCGUUGCCCGAAGAACGGAGGUGAUAUUAGACGGAAGUCGUACUUGCCAUACAGGCAAGAUUUGGUAACGUGAAUGGGUUGAAUAGGAGUUUACCGCCUUUCCGAGGUUAAUAACCGCGGAUAUAUGGAAUAUUCAUUCAUCAUUAUUACUUAUAAAACAGUUAAGCUUUUAACUAUGGGUAGUAAAUUGGUGAUUAAUAAGCAUGUGUAAAUAUCUGUAUAAAGUUUUCUACUCUUUGUUAUCUAUGCCUAUGUAUAAUCAGGUUAUAUCGCAAAUAGUGAUUUAAGCAUGUGUAAAUAAAUAUCUUUACAGCUUUGGA